GGCGCGUGAUGGGUGACUGACUUCACAUUCAGCCCAACCUCUCUUGACAGCGAAGUCUUCAAAAGGCAUAUUCGCAACAAAUCCCAUCUAAAUCCUACCAAUCCUCCGCCACAUCAAACCAAUCACAACUUACAACAAUGGUCGCUCCAGCCAUCGUGUUGGGCAUCCGGGGCGUGCAGCUGGUCUUCGCCAUCAUCGUCUUGGGCCUCACAGCUUACCUCGUCGACCAAUAUACCAACCCAUGGGCAUCAUGGUCUCCUCACAGCCUCAACUUCAUGCUCUUCACCUCAGUAUGGACUCUGCUUGCGGUCGCAUAUUUGACUCUCACACCCACGCGCUUCCCUCGUGCUGCUCACAAGUUCGCGAUCGCGGCUGUUGAAUUCCUGACCAUGCUCUUCUGGUUCGCAUCCUUCAUCGCCGUGGCUGUGCUGUGGCGCGAGAGCUACCGCGGCUGGUGGGGCCACGGCACCUUCCACAACAGCGGUGUUGCUGCGAUCGUAUUUGGAGCUUUCCUCUGGCUGCUUUUCCUUGCCACCACCGUGCUCUCUGCUCUCCACAUCCGCAACUCGUCUCGCAACGACACUUCUCCCCCACCUGACAUGGCUGGCGUCUAAGCUAGUAUUUCCAGAACUACCUUGGACUGAUCAACUCGAUACCCGGACAAAUUGUAUUCAGCGUGGCGUUGUCUGA